CAGGGCAACAGUAGCAACAGCGCGGCUAUUUUCACGGCAAAGUUCAUCGAGCCAGCGAUCGAGCACGCAAUGCGGAUAGGUGUAUCUACGGCGGUGUACUUACGUGCUGAAAGUCUUGCGGUGCAUUGAAUCGACCGCCGGCGAUCCUUCUACAGUGUGAACCACGACCGACUGAUGUGAAAAACGAACCGCCAUGGCGAGCAGACUUGCUUUCUUGCCUCGCACGUUGCGAGCUCUCCGGCGAUCGCUCAGCUCCGCUCCCACGGGCGUCGGUGCGGUGCGGUUCUCGUGCGUACUUUCGUCCCCUACGCAGUCGUCGCUGCUUCGCACAAACUCCGUCGCGUGCAUCGUCUCGUCUCGGAGAUUCUUGCAUGGCGAAACAACGUCGCCAAAGAAGGCGACGCAGGACUUCGAAGACGGCGAAUGGACCACCAUCUUCCGCUACCCGCACAUCAGAUUCCUCCAAAUGUUGUGUCGAAUCAAGAUCUACCAGUGUGUCAUCACCUUAGUGGUCGCGCCGCCGCUGCUUUUCUCGGAGUACAUACACUGGAUGCCGUCGUACGCCAACGGGCUGCUCCUGUCGCUCACGGUGUCGGCCACCGUCGUGCUCUUCUUGACGGGCUACCUCUCCGAGCGGAUCGUCGGCAUGAUGUACGUGAACAAGGACUGCUCGAAACUGCGCGUCGCCCGCCUAAACUUCUGGGGCCGACGGCAGGACCACGUCUACGACACCUCGGACAUUGCCCACUUGGCCGACACCGGUCAAGUUUGGUCGUCGUGGUACGUCCAUCUGCACCGGUACAGCGCCCCGAACGACCCGUUCGUUGUGUCUCUCAAACACGGCGGCAUCGUGGACAAGGAACUGUUCGCCAAAGUGUUCGGCCGUGACGUGGCGUAGUUCUACUAAUGUGACUUUUAGGCACCUCUUUCCACUCUCUAAACCUUCUGCAGUGUCCGUCGCUUGAUUUCCGCCGUGGAGACACUGUGUCAUCUGGAUUAAGAAGUUAUGCCCCAGUCACAAGCGGCAAUUUAGAUUGUGAGCGAGCCAGAUUAGGAUUUAAUAUCUGGAUCGCAAUUGGUUCCCUUCUGCAGCUUGCGCAAAGGAGCCAAUCGUGGUCGAAAGUGCCCGUCAGACACUACUGGCGCUAAAUGAAACAAACACCAGCAAAGUAGAUUUCCGCCUCCAGGGGGAGCCACCGCCAGGGCUGCAAGAUGGAUCUUCAAUAUGCUCUUGUAGUUCCCCGAAACCACUCCUGAUGAAAGUGUUGGAAGGACUCGAAUUUAAUUAAAUCUAAUGCACCUA